GCAAAGGCGUGGGCACGGCGGCGUCGUAAAGAUGCGGCCUUCAAACCCGUUCCUGUUUAUCCCGCAGAUUGGAACCCUGCUGCUUCUUCUAGGCCUUUCUGCAGCAUGUGCGGAGCGACAACCAAUGCUUCGACCUACUUUCAACGGCGAUAUGGAUCUGCUGAUAAACCCAGCCUCAACUGACGAACGCUACCGGUCCUUCAACGAUGGCGCUGGUGUUACAUCGUCAGAGCCUCUGGGAUCACCGAUGACGUCACCAUGGAACGAUCCUUUAAAAGACAGCGCUUACGGCACAAUCGGCAGUGGGCACGGCGGCGUCGUAAAGAUGCGGCCUUCAAACCCGUUCCUGUUUAUCCCGCAGAUUGGAACCCUGCUGCUUCUUCUAGGCCUUUCUGCAGCAUGUGCGGAGCGACAACCAAUGCUUCGACCUACUUUCAACGGCGAUAUGGAUCUGCUGAUAAACCCAGCCUCAACUGACGAACGCUACCGGUCCUUCAACGAUGGCGCUGGUGUUACAUCGUCAGAGCCUCUGGGAUCACCGAUGACGUCACCAUGGAACGAUCCUUUAAAAGACAGCGCUUACGGCACAAUCGGCAGUGGGCACGGCGGCGUCGUAAAGAUGCGGCCUUCAAACCCGUUCCUGUUUAUCCCGCAGGUGAGCAGACGCUAUGACAAGUCAUUUCGCAGUAACGAUGUCUGCCUAAUUCUGCUGCCGUGCCCACGGUCGCUUCGUGAAGCCUUUUGUAAACUGAUUGUUUCCUUGCGUUUGUUGCUACUGUUGAGCGGAGAUGUUGAGUUGAACCCAGGCCCUGCACUAGACGCCAUAGCCGAACAGCUAAAGCAAAUUGCAGGAGACAUUCAAGAUAUUAAGAAAGAAAAAUCCGUAACAAACACCAGACUUGACGCGAUUGACAAAAAACUUGAAAAGAUAACUGGCCUUGAAAAACAGGUCACUGAGUGCAAUAAACGAAUAUCUAACUUAGAAAAAAACCUAAAGGCUAUGCAAAUGAAAGUGGAUGAUCUAGAAAACCGGAGCCGUCGGUCCAACCUUGUCAUUUACGGUGCUGAAGAACAACAAAUGAAUCGCCAGACAUGCUUGUCGAGUUGGUCGAAAAGAAGAUUUUAGAUGGUGU